CGGUGGUAAUCACUUUUUGCGUGCUUUAUGAAGAAAGAGAAGCUUAUCUAAGAUCGAAAGUUAAUCAGUACAAUAAAAGCUUAAUUAAGGAGAAAAAGAGGAAGAGUGACAUACAAGGAGGGGGACGUAGAUCGGCGGAGGAGAUGAUGUCUUCGUCUUUCGAGACCUUCAGCAACGACGGAGAGAUGAGGCGGCUAGGGUUUCGAGCCGCUCCUUCGACGAUGAAAGCUACAUGGGCUACGGGUCCUACUCCAACUUCGCCGGCGGCGAGCAAUCGAAUGAAACCACUGGGAUUAGCGACUACCUUCCAGGCGGGAGCUUUGAAAAUGCGGAGGAGAUCCUCGUCGAUCACGCAAUCUCUCCGGAGCACUACAGCUUCAGAUCCGAUCCGCAGCCGCAGUAUAAUUCGGUUUCUUCGCCGUUCAUGGAGCCUGAAUCCAACGGGGUCGUCUAUGGAGCUGAGGAGAAUGGUGGGAUCUUUGCAUCCGAUGGCCCUAUUCUUCCGGAGCCGGAGGAGAUGAGGGAAGAAGGGUUUCGGCUGCGGGAGUGGCGCCGCCAGAAUGCUAUUCAUCUAGAGGAGAAAGAAAGAAAAGAAAAGGAAAUGAGAAAUCAGAUAAUUGCAGAAGCUGAGGAAUUCAAACAUGCUUUCUAUGAGAAGCGCCAACUGAAUCGUGACUCAAACAUGAUCAACAAUAGAGAAAAAGAGAAGCAAUUUUUGACGAACCAGGAAAAGUUCCACGCCGAAGCUGACAAGCAGUACUGGAAAGCCAUUGCUGAGCUCAUCCCCCACGAAGUGCCAAAUAUUGAGAAGAGAGGUAAGAAAGAUCCGGAAAAGAAGCCAUCCAUCGCAGUAAUUCAUGGACCAAAGCCAGGAAAGCCCACCGAUCUCUCCAGGCUGCGUCAGCUGCUUGCCAAACUGAAGCACACACCUCCACCGCACAUGAAACCACCUCCUCCGCCGCCGGCAAAAGAACCGGCAAAGGACGCGGAAGCCGCCGCAAAAAAAGAUGGAAAGAAAGCGACGACGCCAACGAAAGAAGCCACGUUGAAGAGUAGUGCUGCCGCCGCUAAUUCCCCUGAGAAAGAUGCUAAUAAUACUCAACCUUCAGCAGCCGCUGUAGAAACGGAAAAGGCAGCAGAACCAGAACCCGCGACAACUCAGUAAUUGGACUGAGUUAACUUAGCCUGGAAAUGCUUUUCCAGGUGAUUCUAUUUGCUUUAUCUAUAUAUCAUUUCAUGUUUUGUUUAUUAAUCUUUGUACUUCUUGUUAUAAUUGGCUUCAGACAAGGUGCUGAUAACUGUUUCAGUUCAA